GCACAAAUGUUCUUAAGAGAAUAUAUUGAUAAGCUAUUCGAGGAAACUUCAAAAGUUGCAAAAAAAGAGUUUGGAUCAAUGAAAACAGCUGUUGAAGAAGCAUGCCGUCGAAGAACCAAUUCUUCUACUAACCUUUCGGUAAUAGCAAUUGAUGAUAAUGAUUAA